GGUCGCCCGCACGCCACACGUUAUAGAAAGAGGCUCGGGCCCGGCCCGGCCCCUCCCGCCGCCGCCCGCUCGCCCGCCACAGACUUCUUUCCCAGACAUUUAGGAGGUCAUCCUGUGAGAUGGGAAGAGGAGGGGAGCAGCUGUUAGCCUUGACAGGGCCGUGUCCUUGCAGCAGCUGUGGUGGAGUCCUCCUGGUGCCACCAGUAGGGUCAGGAGCAGGCUGACCUCAGCAGUGGGAGAACGUGAGUCAGGUUCAUCUUGCCCUUAAUCCAUGUGGAGACCUGUUGGAAACACCUUCUAGAAACAUAACAGUUUUCAAGCCUCCUAAUAAAUCCUGUUGUGUCCAAGAAGAGCCUGUCCAAAUGAGCAAGACAUCCCAACAGAACACCGCUACAGAUGCGAAUGGAGUAAGCGUGAUUCACACCCAAGCACACACCAGUGGUUUGCAGCAGGUUCCCCAGCUGGUGCCCGUUAGUCCAGGUGGUGGAGGCAAAGCUGUGCCUCCCAGCAAACAGGGAAAGAAAAAUUCCUUUGUGGAUAGAAACAGCGAUGAGUAUCGACAGCGCAGAGAGAGGAACAACAUGGCCGUGAAAAAGAGCCGUUUAAAAAGCAAGCAGAAAGCACAAGACACAUUGCAAAGGGUCAACCAGCUCAAAGAAGAAAAUGAACGUUUAGAGGCAAAAAUUAAGCUCCUGACCAAGGAGCUGAGCGUACUGAAAGACUUGUUCCUCGAGCACGCGCACAAUCUUGCAGACAAUGUGCAGCCUGUUGGCACUGAAACCACCACAACAAAUCCAGAAAACAAUGGACAGUAAACACUGCUGCAGCUUUAUGAUGUGAACUCUUGAGGUGCAGCUUGUCUGCAACAUCCAUGCAGUAACCAAGCAAAAACUUCUAGCCAUCCUUUUGUGGAGAUUUUCUUCUUUUUAGGUUUAACACUGAAGAUUUGAUAAAACUAAACCAGAAACAUUAGAUUAUUUGUCUUAAAUAUUUUUCUCCUAUAAAGAUUCAUCUAGUAAGUGCAGAGCUAAAUUCAUAGUAAACAAGGAGCUUGGUAUUAGAGAAAUAGCAUUUUCACAGAAAUGUUCACUUACCCUUUUUUUUUGCUAGCUUGCAAAAUGGGAGGAAUCCAGCACGAUUGUUCACUGUAGUAUCAGGAACUUAUUAUUGGAUAAAAUGUCUUUUAAAUACCUUUCAGUCUAUUUAAGCCCUUUGUUUUCUCCAUUACACAUUACACAGCUGCAGAGGCUGUGGAGGGUGUUUUCUGUUUGGUGGGCUACUUUAAAUCUGUACAGCAAGUCCCAUGAUGUACCACUUAAGUCUCUCCUGUCCAGUUAUAGUUAAUGGGGAAGGAGUGGUGAACUGGGAUGCUUACUCAGGCUGUUUUCUAGAAAAAUAGCAAUAUCCUAUGAUGAUAAAUACAGGCAGUUGGCUUCCAAAUAGCAGAUGAGCCUGAAGCAUCAUGUACAAGAGGUAGAGCAGCACAGUGACAAAGCCUUCAAAGCCUGUGUUCACAUUGCUUGUAGUGACUGGGGUCUAUGAAAACAAGAUUUGGCUUUUCAGAAAAUGUCAAAAUGGUACCAAAAAACACGUGCUCUGGAAAACUGCAUUCUUACUGGGGUGCAGGUAUCAGGGAGUACAAAAUGUGCAGCUCCGCUAAGCAGUGAAAGGAGUAAGACAGCAUCUGUUCAGCCAGAAUGUACAGAUCACUGCUCACUGACAUUCAUCUCUGUUUUCAUGGCUGUUCAGGUUUGCAACCAAGAUCUUGCAGAAAUUCACAGUGAUUUAAAAAACAAAUGGCACCUAGUUUGAAAAACUGUUCGGUUGAAUUUCUGAAGCCAUCAUACAGUGGUGUGAAGAAGUACCUUCAGUCUUCUUUCAUGAAAGUUUUUCUAUAGCAACUUUUUAAAUGCUAGAGCUAAGUCUUUGCCAUGAUCCAUAAUGCAGUGGUAUGUACUAUAUUGAGGAUUUAAACAAUAAAAGUAAAGCAGGAACUUCGAUGUAACUUUAAUUUAUUUUCAUUUUUAAAUAUUUCAUUGAUGGUGUGGUUGUGUUACAGUUAACCUGUGUGUCUGGCUAGUGCAUUAUUAGACUGUUAUAAUUUCCCUCCUACACUUACCUUUUUCCUUAGAUUAUUUUGUAGGAUGCCUGUUUGCUUUAUAUCUGUCCUUAGAAAGAGAAUUUGGGUAUUAUCUCUAUGAAGAUGCUGUUAGAAAAUGAAACAUUGAAAAGUUCUUUUUGAAUUUUAAGUUUUAAUACAUGUGGAAAACUUCUAUGGAUUAUGGUAGCCUUUUUAUAAAGAUACAUUUUUUUGGUUGCAUCUUAAGUAGGUAGCAUUGAAAUAUCAGAAGCUAAUAAAAACCUUUUGCUUCUAGUGCUCAC